CUCAACGGAUUUAAUUGGUCUCUGACCCCUCUCUAGCUGAAGGACCGAACUGUGGGUCUUCGGACUGAAAGUCCAGACGGGAGGCGUCCAUACUUCACACUGGAGGGUCACGAGUUCCUGAUCUGGGGCUCCACUCUCUUUUUCCGGGUGCCCAGGGAGUACUGGAGGGACCAUGGCUGAAGCUGAGGGCCUUGCGGCUUCAACACUGUCACCAUCUAUGUUCCGUGGAACCUCCAUGAGCCAGAAAGAGGCACAUUUGACUUCUCUGGGAACCUGGACCUGGAGGCCUUUGUGCUGAUGGCAGCAGAGAUUGGGCUGUGGGUGAUCCUGCGUCCAGGCCCCUACAUCUGCAGUGAGAUCGACCUCGGGGGCUUGCCCAGUUGGCUACUGCAGAACCCCAAUCUGAAACUGAGAACAAUCAACAAGGGCGUUGUUGAAGCAGUUGAUAAAUAUUUUGACCACCUUAUUUCCAUAGUGGUUCCUCUCCAGUACCUGAGGGGAGGCCCCAUCACUGCAGUGCAGGUGGAAAACGAGUAUGGCUCAUUUAACAAGGAUAAAGACUACAUGCCUUCUGUUCAGCAGGCUCUGCUGAAAAGAAUUGUGGAGCUGCUCUUGACCUCGGGUAGCAUGAAAGUUGUUUCAAGGGGCUGCAUAGAAGGAGUGCUGGCCACUGUCAACAUGAAAAUGUUUCAGAAGAACGCUUUUAAGCAGCUUUAUGAGGUGCAGAAGUGCUGCACCAGGCCUGCUGUGCAGGGUGGCCUGGCUAGUGACAGAGCCCUGGUGUCUUGCAGACAAGGACGUCUGGCAGACAAUGAUGCCAUGCCGAUGGAGGCCAGGGACUAUGUAGAAAAAUAUUUCAAGCUUCAAAAGCUCUUUGAAUCCAUCUUAGCAGCUCUCCUGCCUCCCUUACCUGAGCCUACUGCCAAGGCUGUGUAUCCUGCUGCGAGACCGUCCCUUUUCUAACUGUGGGAUGUCCUACACUACUUAAAUGAGCCAGUCAUAUCCAGCACACCGGUCCACACGGAGAACCUUCCCAUAAGCAAUGGCGAUGGUCAGUCCUGCGGACUCGUGCUGUAUGAGACGUCCAUCUGCUCUGGGGGUCGGCUCCGGGCUGAUGCUCAAGACAUGGCACAGGUGUUUUUGAAUGAGACAAGUAUAGGAAUUCUGGGUGACAAUACUCCUGACUUGAGCAUUCCUAAAAUCAAGGAAUGUCAACUUCUAAGGAUCCUGGUGGAGAAUCAAGGAAGAGUCAGUUUUUCUUGAAAAAUUCAACAUGAGCAGAAAGGAGUAACUGGCUCUGUUACCAUCAACAACGUUCCCCUGGUGGGCUUCACUAUCUAUUCUCUGGAAAUGAAGCCAGACUUCUUCAAGAGGCUCCGUUCUGCCACCUGGAAGCCUGCACCAAAUAGCUAUGUGGGCCCUGCCUUCUACCUUGGUACCUUGAAUGCUGGCUCUUCUCCCAAGGAUACCUUCCUGAAUCUAGCGAAUUGCAAUUAUGGAUUUGUGUUCAUCAAGGGAUGUAAUCUUGGGUUCUAUUGGAAUAUUGGACCUCAGGAAACACUUUCUCCUGGCACCUGGCUUCACCCAGAAGAUAAUGAGGCAAGUCACCACCACUCGUGCUUUACAUCUCUCAUGAACAUUCAGAUCUGCCUUCAUCCCCAGAAUGUCUUUCUCAUUCUGUACUGAAGAGGCUUACCCUUUCUUUACUGUCAAGCCCUGUUUUCUUCCUCGAUCAUCCUGUUUGAGAAAAAGAAGAGUGAUUCAUACAUUGAAACUGCAAGUGAGCCCAAGCUGUGAGACUGUGUUACAACAUAUUUCUUGGAUUAUUGGAGUUCAUCUAAAAGUAGGAGGAAGAUUUAUGUCAAGAAAUUCAAACAUAGUGUUGUCUACAACAGUGAAAAUGUGAAAAUUGCCUAAAAAAUUAACAGGGAAAUUGUUAUGUUUAUUAUAGUAUAUCCAUAUGGUGCCUAUUUUUAGGCUUUAAAGUCUUCAAAAUCUUUAAUGCCUGAUUUAUGUAGUUAAAUGUUUCAUUCUUAGCUGGUCCUUAUUCUUUAGCCAAAUGUGCUUUUAAGCAAAUAUGAAUAAAAUAAAAACA